CGUUUACCACUGCCGCUGCAGUCACUCCUCCCAUAUUCUCCUCCUCCUAUCAGCCAGGAAGGGCGCAUCCCCGGAUAGCUAGCUUGCUAGCUGUAUUCCGUGUUACACCAUGGCAGUAAACCUGAGCAAAAACGGCCCUGCGUUAACAGCCGCAUAUAAAGAAGUAGUCGACGAAAAAUCCAGCACAAACUGGGCUCUGUUCACAUAUGAGGGUAACAGUAAUGAUAUUCGCCUGGCUGAAAAAGGAGAUGGAGGACUGGAGGAGCUGGUUGAAGAACUUAAUAGUGGAAAAGUGAUGUAUGCCUUUUGUCGUGUAGAGGAUCCAAAUUCUGGUUUGCCCAAAUAUGUCCUCAUCAACUGGACUGGAGAAGGAGUGAACGAUGCCAGAAAAGGACUAUGUGCAAAUCACGUCAGCUCCAUGGCCAAUUUCCUUAAGGGAGCCCAUGUCACAAUAAAUGCCAGAGCAGAGGAGGACGUGGAGCCUGAGGUGAUCGUGCAGAAAGUGGCUAAAGCUUCAGGAGCCAAUUACAGUUUCCACAAAGAAGGUUCCAGCCGCUUCCAGGACAGUGGCCCUCAGGGCCCUGUGGGUUCAGUGUACCAAAAAACCAAUGCUAUGUCAGAAAUCAGAAAGACCAACAAAGACACCUUCUGGGCACAGGCUGAGAGAGAUGAGGAGAAACGUCGCCAGGAGGAGCGACACAAGGCAGACGAGGAGCGCCAGAAGCUGGAGAGAGAGAGGAAAGACAGAGAGGCCAAAGAGGCAGCACUCAGGGAAAAACGCGACAAAGAGAAGUCGUCUCAAAUUGAUCAACAAAAGAAAUACCAACAGCAGCUGGAAGCUGAGAACAAAGAGCAAGAGAAGCAACGCUGGGAGCAGCAGGAGAGGGAUGUAACCCAGAAGAAAUCAGUCAGGAGAGGUGAAUCAGUGGAGAAAGCCAAUGAGGCAGCUUCACUCAUUUCUCAGCGUGCGAUGAACCCCAGAGAGAUGUUUAAACAAAGAGAGAGAGGAAUUAUUCCCAGUGACUCAGACGUGCCGCCUGCUGCCCCCGCUAGUCCUCAGCCAGGGCGCCUGCAAAGCCCUUUUUUCUCUAAGCAAGCAAAUGAGUUUGAGCGAAGCAGCUCACCUCAGCGACAAGCUUCCCCCGUACCAGCAGACUCUGCCUCUCCUGUCCGUGCUGCAGAGCCCGAUGUGGAGGAUGGACAGACCAAGUGUGAGUAUGAUGAGCAGGAGGUGCCCCCCCAGGACCAAGGGAAAGAGGAGGCCCCAUCAUCUGACACUUAUGUCCCGGAGACGUCCUGUGAUGUGUCUGAUCAGAUGGGGGAGAAUAACAUGAAUGAGACCCCAGAGGAGGAGAGCACAGUCAAAGGCAUCUGUGCAAGAGCCUUGUACGAUUACCAGGCCGCUGAUGAUACAGAGAUCUCUUUUGAUCCUGAUGAAAUUAUCACCGGAAUUGAGAUGAUCGACGAGGGCUGGUGGCGAGGUUAUGGAACUGACGGCCAUUUUGGAAUGUUCCCAGCCAAUUAUGUUGAGCUUAUCUAGGGCUAAUUCUAUCUAUCCCUAAUUCUAAUCCUUAUCCUAACCCUAUCCCUCAUCAUCUGCACAGAUCAUCACAGUAGCAACCCCAGAAGACUUCUGCAGCCUAGCAACAACCAGGCAGCAAAGUCCAUACUCUUGCAAUUGAGUAAUUCAGCUGCAGCAGAGCAGAUGUCUGUUUCCAAUAAGUCACUGAGUGUGAUCAAUGGUCUGAAAAUUUCAAAAUCAAUUCUACAUUUAAAAAAAUCCAAUCAUUUCCAUUAAAUUAUUGAUGUUGUGAGUGUGAGUGACUGAUGGUAUGGUAAAAGGAUUUGUGAAAACCAAAAACUUCCUUCCGUUCCCUCACUAUACGACCUAUUGUACCUUGAAAUUUGAUGCAGUAAAAUAUUGGCCUAGAAUAAGUCUUGAAUACUUGUACUUCACAUUACUUACUAAGACUGUAUUAUUUGUUUGUAUCACACGGCCUUGUCAUCUUGACUGAAAUGUCCUUUUGUUGUUGUUCUGCAGUGGAACUUGGUUUCUGUGAGAAAUUCUCACUCAGUUUUAGUACCAAUCUGACUGCGAUUGACGUAUUUGCAGUGCUCCUGCUAGUUUCUCUUUUCCUACUUCAAGAAAGUAAUGCAUAAUUGAUGGAGUUCCCUCCUACUGUGACUGUACCAUUCAAUGUGAACCAGAUCACUGCAAUGUGUUUUCAGUUCCUCCAGGGACAAGCUGAAGAUAACACAACACCAAUCAGCUUUAUAUUCACACCAUAUCUGCUUUAUUAAUUUCACACAUUAUUUGUGAUACAGUGCGUAGCUGGGGCUUUGGUUACAUUUUAUUGAAACUUAAGAUGGAAAGUUAUGCAAUUUAUGAUAUUUUAGAAAUGUUGAGGUCAGUCAACCUGGGAAAAUCUGUGUCCGUUAUAAAUAGAAAAAAGCAUCAAUGUAUCCAUUUCAUUUUUCAUGUUUGUGUUUUUCAAUAAUCUGACAAAUGUUACAGAUGUUCUUCAUGAUGAAAUAAAUGAACAAGCUGUAUUUUCACAA